AUGUCACCAUCCGAAAUCACUGCGAAAGAGUUUGAAGAAUGGUUCAACGGUACUAUUAUUGGUGAUCCAGCCACCUCUCGCGAAUUUUGCCAGCGGCACCUGAGUCCCGACUAUGUACGCUUGCAUGCGGGUGGUGGGCGUACCGACUUUGAACAAUCUGUCGAAAAAGUUACACAUUUCCGCACAAUCUGUCGCAAAUGGGAAGGCAAAGUCAACUUUCUUGUUCAGCAGGGUAACAAGAUUGCUGUCCGCUAUACUGUGAAUCUGAUUUUUGGGGACAAUCCGGAGCAGCAUAUGGAGCUCAUGUUUAUGGCGGAAAGGGACGCCCAAGGUCGUUUUCAGAAGGUGUGGGAGCUGACUGAGCCAAUUGACGAGUCAGCCAAUAAUUGA